UCCAGGCAAAUGGGAAGCGUACCAGCACACUGUUCGGGUUUGGGGUGGUAGGUGAGUCAUUUGCUCUGGGUUACCCGACCUCUCGGCUGCUCUACGCAUAGGGAGGAUCAAUUUGAGUUAUUUAGCCUGUGCUGAUUCGCUCUGGCCGGUGAGCUCAGGGAAACUCGGCGGCGAUAAAAUUCAGAAGCAGCCGGAGUUGCGCGAAUUUGACCACCGAUCGCUCUCGGCCAAUCAGAGGCGUCCUGGGCUCGCACGACGUCACUUCCCGGGCCUGCUUCCCUCCGUUGCCGGAGUUACAGGAGACCCCUCCCGAACCACCCCUCCAGUGCUGAGUGCCAAAAGCUGCAGCAUGAACUCCAGUGAUGAAGGCAGCAGGACACCGACGCCUCAAGAUGAUGCAAGUUGCCUCAGAAAUGAUGGGAGGCCUCCACAAAGUGGUGCCAAAGAAGAUUCGAAUUGCCUAAUCCGAACUGCUGAAGAACAUUACCAGGAUUGUCAGCUCAGAAUCGCCAGGAGCAAAAUGACGAGUGACGUUAUCCCAAGGGAUAAGCGGAAGCUGCAGACCAGCAGGUAUGCGGAGGAGUUUGUCCCGAAGAACGGGAAGAUCCUGAAGAACGACAACCAUUUUGAGGCAGGUGACUGGGGCACACCGAUCUCCCUGAAGAAGGAGUUCACCUUUAGCGUGUGCGGAGACCCUGAUAACAUCCAUUACGCCUUCGCUGGCGACCCAGGCGACACCCUGCUGUCUGCGCUCAAUUCCUCCUGCGACUUUGAGGAGAAGGUGAGGAGUGACAGCACCAUCCUCGCAUACGGGGAAGGGCCUCUGAAAGGACUGGUGAACUUCAACAUCCUCUGCCGCUAUCUGCCGCAGCACACCCACUUCCGCUUGGUGUUCCUGCGCUCUGCUGGCCGGGAGGGUGGAGCCGGUGAUCAGCCAACGCAGACGCCGCCGGCGCCUCCCGGCAACCGGUGCCACGUCCUCUUUUACAUCGAGCCCAGCGGCCGAACGGUGGGGAACACCACCCAGCGGAUUGUGGUAUCUGACCGCAUCGCGCAGGGCCAGACCAAGCUCUGUGUGCUGGGCUUUGUGGGCGAGACUGUCCGGGAGGCACUGGCCAAAGACGGCCGCUUCGACGUACGUCUCGAGGAUGACACACACAAACUGUUGGAGAAGGUGGAGCCUCUGUGCAAGAUCCAGUUCAACCACCCUGUGGACGCGCUGCAUGGCCGCAGCUUCCAAGUGGAGCUGAGCAUCGCCAAGAAGAAGCCACACCCCCCUUCCUGCUCCUCCACUGCCGCUUCCUCCGAUGACAGGAGCGCCAGGCCCAAAGGCAACAGGCCUGCCGAGACGCUGCCAACACUGAUGACACCCAAGCGGGAGGCAGAUGGCAGGGCGUCGGAGAAUAGCCGUUACCCCCUGCCUAGGUGGCACGUGGAGGUACGGCGUGCAGCCCUGCUGCGCUUCAAGCAGGCCAUCAGCCGGAGCGCUGAGCUGGCAAACAUGUCAGAGAGGCAGUGCCUGAACCGACUCUACCACGAGGCCCGGUCGCCCAUCCCUGCCCGCACCAUCCGCCGCGUUGGCGAGUGCCUUUCUGCUGUGGGUUGCCUGACCUGGAGAUCGCUCAGCGCCCAGGGCAAUGGCACCUGCUUCCUCCUGCAGGACUCCUACGUGCUGACCAGCUACCAUGCAGUGGAGAUGCUGGCACAGGGCAUGGAGCCAGUCCGCUGGCCCACUGCCAUCCAAGACUAUGCGUAUGUUACCUUUAGCUUUGAGGAGGAUGGGCAGGGGAGCCCCCCACUGAGGCUGACUGGCUGGCUGGAGCUCUACGAUCAGGCCCUCGACUACGCCGUGCUGGAGUUGGCGACCCCGGCUGGUGUUCCAGGCCUGAUGGAGUCUUCAGUCACCCCACCCCAGGCCGGCAACCUUUAUAUCGUCGGCCACCCAGAUGGGGAAGUGAAGAAGGUCUGUCCUUGCUCAGUCAUGAGCAGUGAACAGCCGGGGACUGGUGACGCCACACAAUACCUGGAGAACCUGCGGUCUGUGAUCCCCGGAGAAGCUGCUGAAAGUUAUCUGCCGGAUAUGGUCUUGGUCGCAAGCCAUGCUUUCAACAGGGUGAGACACCCCAACACCAGUCCCUUCCGAGCAGAUUAUCACCAUGGUGCCUCAGGCUCUGCAAUAUUGAACUCAGAGGGAUGUGUGGUUGGAUUGCACUGCGGGGGUGAGACCCACAAGAGGAACAAAGACCCCGAGAAGUUCUACAUUGAAUUCGGGAGGUCCAUCACACUCAUCAUCCAGAAUAUAGUUAGCAAAAGUGACACUGUCACAACCGAGAAAUCAAAGCAAAUCAUUGCGGCAUUACAAAGUUAUUUAAAAUAAAAUGGGUGUACUCAGAGGUGUGACUUUGUGCAGGAGGACUGUUUGCUAGAUAUGGAAGUUAUGUGUUUGGAAAAGGUGUGAUCUAAAGUUUGUUUUGAAGGUUCAUUCUUCAGGUGGAAACCUAUCUAUUGAAGAACACAGACCCCUGUAUUAUACUUGAAUAGUGGUUAUGCCAAUGCCCUUUACCUUGCAUGUAUUUUAAAUACCCAGGCCACUGAGGAAAUAUAUUGGGGAUCUUUUUGUGUGGUGUACAAAGUACAUUUAUAUUCAUUGUCUACACAGCUCUAUGUUUGGGAAAUAAAGAAGAUGAGAAAUUAAAGAAACCUUCACGGUUCCUAAGUGCAGGCUAGAGAAGGGGAUAUGGUUAAAAAACGAAUCUUUUGGACCACAUCCUACCAGUAUCUGCCAUAAUUUAGAUGAAAUAAAUUGAAUUAUUCUAUGUAGUUAUUUUUUUGUUCACUUUUUCCUCUGUAUCCACUCCGUCGUGCUCCUGCCCUCCUCCCGUCUCCCUCCCACCGUCCUUUUUCCCCCUCCCUGUCCCCCUCCUAAAUUCUUUUGGAGGAAUGCACAUUUGUGAGCCAAGUUCAGGAACAUGCUGGUCUUGGGUUGAGCUCAUUGUCAGCCUUUAUACAUUUUACAUUGCUUGAUAGGACAAGAAUAUUGGUACGGUUACUUCCCUACCCAGCUCAGCUAUUGCUGUGCUCAUUCUUCCCUCCUCCGAGCCCGUGAGGCAGGUGUAAUAGGAUCAGCUCCAGGGAUCUGUCUGUGGCCUCUGGUUUAAAUGUAAACAAAGUUACUGUUGGUAUUUGACCAGUCCUGGGCUAGAUUUUGAGGUACUGUAUGAUCUCUGCAUUAGUUGGUCAAAGUGUUUGCCCAAUUUGAAAACUCUAAAUUGACCUGUUUGCAUAUAAGUUGUAAAUUUUUUUUUCUUUUAAGUUCAGAUGAGAUCCUGUGUUAAUAAGUUUGAGUAAUACAAAACAUGAUUGUAGUGAAGUUCAAAGCUGUUUCAAUAAUUCAUUAAAUAUUUGGCAUACCACAACUACUUGCCCUCAUCCCAAUCUCAAAGUUUUCAGGAAAUUAAGAGCAUCUUAAAAAUAUACAAGUACAAACAACUGAAUGCAAAUCUAGCUAAUUUAGAAAUUGGAUCAAGUUUGGCAGGUUUUCAAAUGCUGCUGUAGUGUGCCUAAAGGUCCAGGAGUGUACAUUUAUUCCUCCGUCUUGUGAAAGUUGUUACAAGGUCUUGUUUCUCUUUCAAAUGCCUUCAUUUAUAGGGGGUGUUGUAUGUUUGUGUUGCAUUUGAUGUACUUUACAAUGACACUAGUAUGUCUUAAAAAAAUAAAGUUAGCUUUAUGCCAUUAGUGCACUGACUACAUUAAUUUGUGUUUCACUUUCAAGUGUUACGAUAAAGUUCUGCAAAGCUAUUUAAAGGGGAGAUGGUCCUCUCGUUUGUCUUUUUAGGCUUGAGAAUAUUCUUUCAUGCACUGUUUGGCAAUACUACAAUGAGCAACUGUUGAAUAAAGUUAUUUUCACUUUUUAUUAAUGUGGCCUUUGCA